AUGCAUUCUACCCUAAGGUUUGCCAAUCGUGCAUGUCAAAAGCUAUCUAUCCUUGAAUGCAGUUUGGAGGCUACACCAAGUAGUUCGUUAAUGGUGAGGGUAGAUAAUGAAGAGGCGUCAGAUAGGAAUAUAUCUUUAGCACUCUCAGGUGAUAAGGCAAAUAAGGCUAAUCGCAAUAAGGAGACCCCAAGGAUAACGAUUAUGUAUGCCUAUGCCCUGUAUUCCUGGGAAUUCGAGAAAUAUAGGAAGUGA